CAUUUCUCUCUCCUCUAACCAAAAAACAACGGCGCCUACAAAACUACCCAACCCAUCUCUCUCACACUCUCUCCAUCUCGACCCUUUCCCCCUUCCGAAACUUCAGUUCUCAAGUUGUGUGGGGAUAGAGAAAAAACAGAUGUAGGUGCAUGCAUCUUUUUAUUUAUUCUAUUCAGAGUUUUCUUCAGACUUUAUGUGGAAAAAGCUACAAAAUCUUGGCGUUUCUUCCACUAAUUCGACCAUGAGGAGGUUUUCCUGAAUUGGGUUUUUGUCAAAAACCAAAAUUCUUUAUGUAAUUGAAUGAUUAGUAUGCGAGAGACCCAGAUUUUGUGUUUCAGAACGCUAUGGAAUUUUGAUUUUUAAAGAAUUUUGUUUCCCAUUAUUGAUGAGGAGAAACGGGUUGCAUUUCUUGCAAGAACAGGAUGCUAUAGUCUUCAAAGACACCGAUGAUUCUCUCUAAUCAAAUCAAAUUAUCCAACAUAACGCGUUUAAUUCACUCAAUGUCGAGAAAAUUACCAAAUUUCAUGUUACUUUUCCUGUUCUUGGUCUCUGUUUCGGCAUCCGAUAAUGGAUAUUCAAGCUGUAACUGCGAGCUUGAAGGUUUUUUCGGGUACAAAAACAUCAUGGAAACCCAAAGAGUGAGUGAUUUCUUAAUCGCAGUUGCUUAUUUCUCGAUUCCAAUCGAACUUCUUUACUUCGUAAGCUGUUCAAAUGUUCCUUUCAAAUGGGUUCUCUUUCAAUUCAUCUUAUUCAUCGUUCUCUGUGGAAUGACACAUUUACUCAACGGAUGGACUUACAAUGCCCACCCUUUUCAACUCAUGCUCGCACUCACCAUUUUCAAAUUCCUCACAGCAUUAGUCUCAUUCGCUACAGCGAUAACCCUAAUCACUCUAAUCCCGCUUCUUUUAAAAGUUAAAGUUCGUGAAUUUAUGUUGAGAAAGAAGUUUUGGGAUCUCGGAAGAGAAAUGGGAAUGAUCAAGAAACAAAAAGAAGCCGGGUGGCAUGUCAGAAUGCUGACUCAUGAAAUCCGAAAGUCCCUCGAUCGACACACCAUUCUUUACACAACUCUCGAUAAAUUAUCAGAGACUUUGGAUUUACAAAAUUGCGCCAUUUGGAUGCCUGAUGAAGCUAAAACUGUCAUGAAUUUGACUCAUCAGUUAAAAGGGGUUGAACAGAAUUUAACAAUCAACGACUUUUACAUCCCGAUUCAAGAUUCUGAUGUUCAAGAGAUUAAAAGAAGCGAAGUGGUGAAGUUACUCGAUCGUGAAUCAAGACUUUCGGCGUUGAGCAGCGGUGGGUUAGAUCCGCCGGGAGGUGUGGCGGCGAUUAGAAUGCCAAUGCUUCGUGUGGCGGACUUCAAGGGUGGCACGCCGGAGAUGGUUCAAGUCUGUUACGCGAUCUUGGUGUUGGUUCUUCCCGGAGAAAAUUUCCGAUCGUGGACUAAUUCCGAACUCGAGAUCUUGAAAACAGUUGCCGAUCAAGUGGCGGUGGCUCUUUCUCAUGCGGCGGUGCUAGAAGAAUCCAGACUUAUGAGAGACAAAUUAGUGGCGCAAAAUCAAGCUUUACAACAAGCUAAACACGACGCCAUGAGAGCAAGUCAAGCUAGAAGGUCAUUUCAAUCAGUCAUGAGCACAGGUUUGAGAAAACCGAUGCAUUCAAUCAUGGGUUUACUUUCGAUUCUACAAGACGACAAUCUAAACGAUGAACAACGAGUGAUUAUCGACACCAUGGUGAAAAACAGCAACGUGCUUUCGAUUCUGAUAAAUGACGUCAUGGAUGAUUCCACAAAAGAUAACGGGAAAUUUCCUUUGGAAAUGACGUCGUUUCGGCUUCAUGAUUUGGUUAAAGAAGCUGCGUGUCUUGCGAAAUGUUUGUGUGCUUAUAAAGAUUAUAAAUUUGAGGUUAAUUUUGAUAAAUAUUUACCGGAUAAUGUUUUGGGAGACGAAAGGAGGAUUUUUCAGGUGAUUUUGCAUAUGGUUGGGAAUCUUUUAAGUUGGGGGAAUGGUGGUGGGUGUUUGACUUUUAGGGUUUUUGGAGAGAGAGGAAGUCAAAGUCAACAAUGGCGGAGUUGGAGGUCAAAGUCUAAUGAUGGUUAUGUUAAUGUGAAGUUUGAAAUUGGAAUAAAUGAUGCGUUUUCGGUGGUGGAGAGAUCUUCUGGUGAUCAGAGAAGCCGGAGAGUGGUGGCGGAGGAGAGUUUGAGCUUUACUAUGUGCAAAAAGUUGGUCCAGAUGAUGCAAGGGAACAUUUGGGUAGUCCCGAAUCCAAUUGGGUUCGAUCAAAGCAUGUCACUGGUUCUCCGGUUUCAGCUCCGGCCAUCAAUAAUGCUGGCCGGAUCUGAAACCAGUGAACCCUCAGACCACCACCACCCGCUAUCAAACUCCAUCGUGAAAGGCGUUCAAGUUCUUUUAGCGGAUGAAGAUGAUAUAAACCGGGCAGUCACUAGCAAACUGCUCAAGAAACUUGGAUGUGUUGUAACCACCGUGACCACCGGUUUCGACUGUCUCACCGCCCUCAACCCGCCGGUUGCCGCCUACCAAAUCUUGAUUUUGGAUUUGCAUUUAUCGGAUUUAGAUGGGUUUGAAGUGGCAUCAAGAAUCAGAAAGUUUAGGAGCCGGAAUUGGCCUUUGAUCAUUGCUUCAACUGCUAGUGGUGAUGAAGGUUUGUGGGAAAGAUGUUUGGAAUUUGGGAUGAAUGGAAUUCUUCGGAAACCGAUUCGUAUGCAAGAUAUUGCUGAUCAAUUGAGGAGAGUCUUGAUUCAAGCCAAUAAAGUGUCGUGAAGUUAAAGUCGGAAGAAGUUUGUCGAAAGAGCUAACAUAUCUAUAACUAAAAGAGGGAAUAUUAUCGAUAUUUGUUCAGAGUUAUAUUACUACUUAUAGCGUAAAGAUAAAGUAAAUAAAAAUUGUAUGAGGAACAC